AUGCACUGCGCAGAGGUCGGAAAGCCUUUAAUCAAAUUCAGCCACUGUAAGAAAUCCAUCUACAGCUUCAGCGUGCCCCGACGCUGCCCCCUGUGCCAGCAGGACAUGGGCUCGAGGAAGCUGGAGGAAGCACCUGUUAGCAUCACUAAUCCAUUUACCAAUGGGCAUCAAGAAAAAUGUUCCUUCCUCCUCAGACCAACUCAGGGGACGUUUCUUAGGGAGUAUGAUGGGAAGUCUGAUCUCCAUGUUGGAAUAACUAACACAAAUGGAGUUGUGUAUAAUUACAACAUGUAUGGUGUCCAGCGAGAUGAAACGGGGUGGGAGCAGAGCGUAAGUGUCCCAUUAUUGCAGCCCGACAUGUAUGGACUGAUGCACCGGUGGGACAAGUACCUGGAAGACUUCUCCACCUCGGGGGCCUGGCCGCCCCAUAGGUACGAAGGCGACCGGCACAACUGCUGCGCUUACGCCCUCGCGUUCAUCAACUGCGUUCUGACCGCAGAAGGCAAAGAGCAGCUGGACAAGACCGAGUUCACGGAGAAACACGUGGUCCCCAGGACGCGGCUGGCCUCCAAGUACAUCGCGCUCUACCGGGCAGUAGCGGAGCGUGGCUUCUGCGUGACUGACCACGCGGACCGGGAGACACGACCCCCCUCGGGCAGCGGCUCGUGCGGAGAGCUGCCCGCAAGCGCAGAGGGGACUGGAUAG